CCAGGCUCCGAAUAUCACCUUCGCCCGAGCAAUGGCAAGCAAUCAGAAGAGUGCAAGAUGUGCCAUAGCGGUGGUGCAUUUUACUGCUCGCGAGAAUGCCAGACGAUACACUGGCGGAUGGGGCAUCGAGUGGUUUGCGGCACAGCCGACGAGGAGGUGUACAUCGACUAUUCGACUUCCGUGGAAUUUCCUACAUGCCGUCUAAUCAAUUGCUUACUUCGUUGAUCCUCCUUUAUCUCUGCAGCCCUACGAGUGCUUUGUCAGGAAGCUGGAAGGAAUUCUGCCGAAGAAGUCAACCUGCAUCACUCGUAUGGGGUUGGCUGUGGGCCGCGCCGUUCUCAUUGAGCUCAACGAGGGUCCGAAGCUUGCCGCAACCAUGAUGAAGGAUUCCAUGUCGUCUAUCGAACCUCCGUUUGUAUCCGCGCGAGUGAGAAGGGGGGUCGGAGGAGUCGAUCGUGUUUAUAGGCACGCUCAGGACAGCGUUCUGGU